AUUUAAAGUUUUUUAACGGCAAACAUUGCUGAAAUGUUUGUUAAGUAAAUAGUUCGGAAUCCACUACAAUGUAAUUUAGUGCAUUUUGGAUGAUUAGAUAUGGAAGUUGCAAGUGAUGUUUUAAUAAAUCAAAUUCGUCUAAAACAUGAGAAUGCAGCAAACAAUAGUUAUGUAACGGAGAGCCCAGAAGGCUUCCGCUUGCGGUUGCGAGCGCUGUUCGUGGCGCUGCUCGGUGUCUCGAUGUCGGCGUGCGCGCUCGCGUCGCAGCCCGUCGAGCUGGCGCUGGAGGAUGACGACGUCUUGCAGAAGCUCAACAACGUCAGCUUUGCGAGGCGGAUCACUAAGCCAACGAUACGCCUUGUGUUGGGCUAUGGGAGGCUAAGCGCUUUGGUCACCUGCAUAAGCUCGCUGUUGUUACUGGUAGCUGUCAUGUCAAAGCAAUCGUGGUGGCGUCACGGCACACGCUGGCUGGCUGCGCCAGCUCUGUUAGUGAUCGCGUUGGAAAUCGCGUCAGACGCCGGCGACACCAUGCUGUCGGCGGCUCUGCGGGGCGCGGCGGAGCCGGGCAAACUGGCCGUUCGGUGCCUCGCCGCUACCAUACUGAUCACCAUUGAGAUACUCGUCUGGUAUUUCAUCGCGAAAUUCUUCGAACACAACCCGCAGGCAGAUGUAAUCGAACCAGAAAAGGUCCCCGAAUUCAAAGCUAUCCAGCAAUAAGGAGUGUCCGUUUUACUUGUAAAUUGUGUGACA